AUGCACAUGGUUCAGCAGGAGGAUUCAGCAGGAGGAUUCAGCAGGAGGAUUCAGGAGGAGGAUUCAGCAGGAGGAUUCAGCAGGAGGAUUCAGCAGGAGGAUUCAGCAGGAGGAUUCAGCAGGAGGAUUCAGCAGGAGGAUUCAGGAGGAGGAUUCAGCAGGAGGAUUCAGCAGGAGGAUUCAGGAGGAGGAUUCAGCAGGAGGAUUCAGCAGGAGGAUUCAGGAGGAGGAUUCAGCAGGAGGAUUCAGCAGGAGGAUUCAGCAGGAAGAUUCAGCAGGAGGAUUCAGCAGGAGGAUUCAGCAGGAGGAUUCAGGAGGAGGAUUCAGCAGGAGGAUUCAGCAGGAGGAUUCAGCAGGAGGAUUCAGCAGGAGGAUUCAGCAGGAGGAUUCAGCAGGAGGAUUCAGCAGGAGGAUUCAGCAGGAAGAUUCAGCAGGAGGAUUCAGCAGGAGGAUUCAGCAGGAAGAUUCAGCAGGAGGAUUCAGCAGGAGGAUUCAGCAGGAGGAUUCAGCAGGAGGAUUCAGCAGGAGGAUUCAGCAGGAGGAUUCAGGAGGAGGAUUCAGCAGGAGGAUUCAGCAGGAGGAUUCAGCAGCAGGAGGAUUCAGCAGGAGGAUUCAGCAGGAGGAUUCAGGAGGAGGAUUCAGCAGGAGGAUUCAGCAGGAGGAUUCAGCAGGAGGAUUCAGGAGGAGGAUUUAAGAGGAGGAUUCAGCAGGAGGAUUCAGCAGGAGGAUUCAGCAGGAGGAUUCAUCAGGAGGAUUCAUCAGGAGGAUUCAGCAGGAGGAUUCAGCAGGAAGAUUCAGCAGGAGGAUUCAGCAGGAAGAUUCAGCAGGAGGAUUCAGCAGGAGGAUUCAGCAGGAGGAUUCAGCAGGAGGAUUCAGGAGGAGGAUUCAGCAGGAGGAUUCAGCAGGAGGAUUCAGGAGGAGGAUUCAGCAGGAGGAUUCAGCAGGAGGAUUCAGCAGCAGGAGGAUUCAGCAGGAGGAUUCAGCAGGAGGAUUCAGGAGGAGGAUUCAGCAGGAGGAUUCAGCAGGAGGAUUCAGCAGGAGGAUUCAGGAGGAGGAUUUAAGAGGAGGAUUCAGCAGGAGGAUUCAGCAGGAGGAUUCAGCAGGAGGAUUCAUCAGGAGGAUUCAUCAGGAGGAUUCAGCAGGAGGAUUCAGCAGGAAGAUUCAGCAGGAGGAUUCAGCAGGAAGAUUCAGCAGGAGGAUUCAGCAGGAGGAUUCAGCAGGAGGAUUCAGCAGGAGGAUUCAGGAGGAGGAUUCAGCAGGAGGAUUCAGCAGGAGGAUUUAGCAGGAGGAUUCAGCAGGAGGAUUCAGCAGGAGGAUUCAGCAGGAGGAUUCAGCAGGAGGAUUCAGCAGGAGGACGGUCACUGCUGCGCCGUUACAUCAAAGCAGUGGAUUCUUUCUACACGUCCAUUAACCUCACGUCAGAUGAUUUUGGGUUUUUAA